GGCAAGUUAAAGUUUGUAUUUUUGGCAGACAAGAAUGAGUGGCAAGGAAGAAGGUACGUUUUGAGUGAUGCAGGUGAUGCAGCUUAGUUAGUUCUAGAUGCCGAGCCGCCUAAAAAACCGGAGCCAAGUUCUUGUCUGGAGAUAGUAGGUAGUGCCGAUGUCGGUUAUCAUGCCAAGUGUCGUGUUAGCAUGGUGGCCAAAAUUACCUUCGAGAUGAGAGAUCACAUUUGGUUCUCAACAGCUGCGAUUCACUCUGGAACAUUUUGAAACGACAGCUCUGUACUACUUCGGAAUAUCUGUAGUUACCAUCCCAUGACGUCCCCCCGAGACUAACGGAUAAAAAAUUGUACUUCUAGCCUUUCCGUGGUGUCAUCGAUCGUUAUUGUCUUCCCUCCCCUCUCAGAAUAUUUAGAAAUUUCGUUUGUUUUUGUCUCAAAAGAUGACUUCCAUUUGUCCAGUUAGUUUCUCUUUUCGCGACGAGGAUAAGAAUUCGUCCGCAUUUACUUCUACCUCAUCUUGUCUAGCAGCCGUAUAGGCCGCUCCUGCACCUCGUCGCUCGUCGGGCAAAAGACUACGCGAUCAUCGUCGAAGUUUACCACUUUUCGCAAUUCUCCGCGGCAUCGGGUUCUCCUCCCACACAGGAGCAAUGCGUGGAAAUUUGUCUGCAUCCCUUCGACACGAUCGGAUUUUAAUACUUCUGCGAAAAACAAGGCACGGUCGUUGCGGGGGUCGCGUAACUUGAGCAUCAUAUAGCGUCGCAGCCGCACCACGACCACCACGGAGAACGAAGAACGUUGGCAGAAUUCAAAAGGUGAAAGAUCAUCAUGGCAACCACCAUGACCGCGCCGCCGCCGGGCAAUGUGGUGGUUGGCCGGCCGGUGGGGCAGAUAGGACAAGGUGUAGAAAAUCCGCACGGAAAUAUCGCACCCGGGUCUCCGAUAAAUACUGGCAAUCAGGUACAUAAUUUUGGCUUUUCUAGGCUGUGGAGGUUAUUCGGUUUCCGACCGGUUGGUUUGUUCUGCUCAUUUCGCUCAUGAUCGCGUAAAGAGGCACGAGGUUCUUCUCAACAUACAAAGAGCUGCCUUCCGUGUAAGUACGCAAUCCAUGUUUCUACUUCACCAUUUCAACAUAAAUUCAACGUAAAACAGUCCGCCGUCACCCCGAUGCAGCCGCUGGACGGCCACACGGCCGCUCCGCAGCAAGGCACGGGUGGCCGCUCCCCCGGUCGCAUGCGAACGGGCAGGGUAUCCGGACACCACCAGCAGCAAGACGUGGUGAUCAUGCAACGCGCAGACGGUGGGCCGCCGGUGAUGAUGGUGGUGAUGCAACCCGCACCGGGUAUGAACAACCAACAGCACCAGGGUCCAAACCAGUACUACCCCGGGUACAAUCCAAACCCCAUGUACGCCAAUAGCAACUACGCUUAUACCACGGGAAACCCGUCAAACACCGGUUUUAUCCAGUCCUACGGCGACAUGGCCUCUGCCUACCCCCCGACCCUCCUGGCCGUCUUCACGUGUCUCUGUUGCUUCUUUCCCGGGGGCAUUUGCGCCUGCAUCUCCCUGCUGAAGUGUCAAGAAGGCCACGCAGCAAUUGCGAGGAACGACUUCGAGAGUGCGCGAAGAGCGAAAGAAGAAGCCAUGCGGUGGAUUUACGGCGCUUGGGCCGCGACGUUGUUUUUCAUGGUGUUCUACUCAGUACGAUAGAAAAAUCGGUGGUAAAGUGGUUUGUUUCUUGGUCGUGGCAGAUGUAAGUAGGAGAACGGUUUUCUUUUCACAUUUUUUAGUUGUCGAUUCACUUUUUGUAUUGAACUACUUACUCUGACGCUGACCAAAGCCUUUUACACUAUUUCCGAGACCGAUGCUCCUAUAAUCCUCCCCUUAGCUCCUGCCUAAAUCUGAAGAUCGAUUGAACGACCUGCUUCCACGACCUGAAUAUUUGGUUCAGUGUCGCCCCAAAAUACCGACAGUGUCCAGAGGUCUCUUUCUACGCAUGCAGCGCAUCAUGCUUCGCAACUUCAACUACACAUUGGAUAGAGGAAACAAGCAUAAUUACUGAAGCACGAC